AUGGAAUAUUCUUCAUGCAUCAAAUUGAAUGAUUUACCUAAUGAAAUUCUUAUGAUUAUUUUGAAAAACUUACAUACUAUUGAUGUACUCUACUCUUUAGUAGGUGCUGAUAAACGACUUAAUGCAUUUGUAAAUGAUUCCAUUUUUACAAAAUACUUAACACUGAUGUCAUCUUCUCCUACCGGCUUAUCAUAUUCGUUUACGGAUAAAAUACUUGAUCGGUUUUGCGAAGAAAUUCUUCCUGAAAUUCAUCACAAAAUUGAAUGGCUUAAUGUUGCGCCACCAUCUAUAGAACGUAUUCUUGUUUCAACAAACUAUUCUAAUCUACGUGGACUUGACUUAUAUGAUCUUUCAUCAGAUACAGCAAUGGAUCUAUUUACUGAUGGAAGUUUUUUCAUUCGUAUUUUCAAAAAUCAAAUUUUAUCUCUUGUUAUUGAUAUUAAGAAACAUAAAGGACCGAUAAGUGCAUCCGAAGAUAUAAAUAAAUUCAUCUAUACACAAAUCUUUACUAUGUUCAGUAAUUUAGAAUAUUUAGAUUUUGAUCCAUCUUUUAAUAAUUAUCACGUUUUAUCGUUUGGUGUGUCACCUCCAAAUAUUUUCUCUUCUACUCUAUCAAAAUUAAAUGUCAUGAUACAUACCUACCGCGAUUGUCUUUAUUUACUUGAUGGUCGCUUCAAUCAACUUCACACGUUCUAUGUUACCAUAACAGAUUUUUCUUGUCAAUUAUCUACAGCAAUCAAUAAUGAAAAGAAACUGCUCAAUUUAAAAUGUUUUUCGUUAAAGCAUACUACGUAUUUAUCGGUCUACAAUCAAUUUCUCGUUCCACUCUUGCAUAGAAUGUCAAAUCUAGAAGAGCUUAGUUUAUUUUUUCUCAAUCAUAAUAGAGCAUUUAUUGAUGGAGAUAAUUUGGCAAAGAAUACCAUCCGUCAUAUGACAAGAUUAAACAAAUUCGCAUUUGAUAUUCGUACAAUUAUCUCUUUUGUCAAGCUAGUCAAUUUACCGUCAAAUAAAGAAUUUCAAAAUACAUUUAGACAUUUUGAAAAGAUUCAAAUUAUUUCAUGUGUUGAUUAUUUUCAAAAAGCAAGUGAAUGCCAUUGCCAUAUGUAUUCAUAUCCAUAUACACUGAAGUAUUAUAAAGAUAUAACGAAUAAUUUUACCCGUGGCUUGUUUGAGAGCGUUCGUGAAAUAUCAUUAUUUGAUGAACGUCCUUUUGAACAUGAAUUUUUUCUUCAAAUUGCUCGAUCAUUUCCAUUUCUAGAAAAACUAAUUUUACAUAAUCGAGAACCGCAGAUGUAUUACGGUCAACAAUGGCCAACCAUAGAAUACCCUCAUCUUACUCAACUUGAUCUUGUGCGAACUCAUCACAGUUAUGUCGAACAAUUUUUAAAUAAUACUAAAAUGAGUUUAUUAAACAAUGUUUAUCUUUAUGUUAAUUAUCACGGUUUACAAAUAGUUUGUAACCCAUAUAAACUUUUAUCAAGACGAAUUAUUAAACAUUCAUUAUUACGUGAAACUCUUCAACCCACGCAUUCAUCACAUAAUAUGAUAGUUUCCUAUUCGAAACCACGUGUAAUUAUUGAAGUUGAACCUGUUCGUUUACCAGUGAUUAAAAUCGAUCCUUAA